AUGUCAGAGGAGAACGAGUCCGAUGUUUCCCAUAGAGCCUCCGUAGCAGAGGCUAUACAAUUUCGGUCCCGGGCCUCCACGAUGGAUAGCAGCGAACCAGACGAGGAAAAGGAGGAGGAGGAUGAGGAGGAAAUGAUGGACAGUGAGGAAGUAGCGGAGGAGGAAGAGAUAGAAGAAGAGAAUGGAGAAAAGAAGAAGGAGGAGGAAGAAGAUGAAGAGAAGGUGGAAGAAAAGAAAGAGGAGGAGAAAGAGAAGAUGGAAGAGAAGGAGGAAGAGAAGGUGGAAGAGAAGAAGGAGGGAGAGGAAGAAAAAAAGAAACCGAAAUCAUCCACGGACCCCGAAGGAACCGAGCCCCAGUUGACUCCAACCUCUCAUACGGAACUUCAAUCCCAGCCCGAAGAACCUGCUCGGGAAUCCGACAGCAAAGGCGAGAGGGACAAUGCCAGCAACGGAGGCGAGGCGUCGCCUUCCUCUCGAGAUGACCUCUCCCAGGAGGAAGCGUCCCAGGAACAGCCGCCCCAGAAACUGCCGGCUCGCGAGCAGCCUACCCCAGAAUCACUUCUCCAGGAGCCACCUUCCCAGGAACGACCUCCCCGGGAAAGGCCUUCAAAGGAACGAUCUUCCCAUGAACCGCCUGUCCAGGAGCCACCUUCCCAGGAACUGCCUCAGCCUGAAGAGCAACCCCAAGAAGCACUCUCAAACGAGACUCCAUCCCAGAAAUCCCCCGAAACCCCAAUCCAAAAAACGUACUCCCCCAUGGAGUGCUGGGAACCAGUCCCGACCCUCCUCAUCACCCACCCAUCCACCGAAUCCCCGACCCAAUCCCACGACCUGACCGAGGGCUUC